GAAAACUAAUAUGACAUUUCUUUUUGACAGUUGAUGUUACAGUGAUCGUGAAUGAAAAGCAGAGAUGAGAAAGAAGGAUCAUUGUAGAGUUGUGAUACCGGUACUAGCAUUGUGUUUCCUACUUCAGUAUGCAUUUUAUCACAUCUGGUAUAAUCCAAACCAAUCAUACGAUUCCAAGACAAGCCGCCCGGAAUUUAAGUUCAUCUUUCCAGAAAGUGCAAUUAAAGUGGCUAAUCUAACGUCUAGCAAUUCAAACAGUACUGUUAAACAAACAAAAAACAAAUCUAGGUACAACAUUGUAUUUUAUAACAUGCCCUCUUGGAUGUCAAUGGAAUUUAAAACUUUGGAUUCCUCUAAAUGUCCACACCAUGCACUGAAACACAGUUGUUUUGUUUACCCUAAAAACAACUACUAUAGUUCUUCAAAGAGUAUUAUCUUCUUUGGUGAAAGCCUACCCGCACAAGUUCCAAACAGACUAAAGGGACAAAUGUGGACAUUCUUUUCAAUUGAGUCUCCAUUUCUGUAUUCUGUACCCCGACAAUGGAAGGAUAAAUUCAAUUGGACACUGACAUAUAGAAGAGAUUCUGAUUUCUUUUUCUUUUAUGGAAAAAUAAGUAAAAGACAGAUUCCUCUAAUACGAAAUUACUCAGAAAUAUUUCGAAGAAAGAAGAAAACUGUUGCCUGGGCAGUCAGUAAUUGUAAAACGUCUUCAAAGCGGGAAGUCUACAUAAAAAAACUUCAGGACUUUAUUAAUGUUGAUGUAUAUGGAAGAUGCGGGAAACUUAAAUGUGGCAGAAGAUCGGCCGGAGUAACAGAUUGUCACAAAAAAUUCGCGGAAGAAUACAAGUUCUACCUUGCUGUUGAGAACUCAGUAUGUAAAGAUUAUACAACUGAAAAGUUGUUCAACUUUUUCAAUCAUAACCUGACAAUGAUACCUAUUGUUAAUGGACCUCAGAAUGUUCAUGAGUAUAUCCCAAAAGGAACAUAUAUAAACAUUCUAGAUUACUCUUCGCCGUCAGAAUUAGCGAAGGACCUCCACCGAAUUGGAUCAAACGAAACACUUUACUCUCAAUAUCUACGAGAAAAGGACAAAUAUCAGAAUGAAGGAUUUAGCUGGGAGGGAGUUUUAUGUCCAAUGUGUGCCAGACUACAAGAUACUGGACAGACAGCAACUAUUUCUGACAUUCAUUCUUGGAUAUGGAAUAAUACUUGCAUCAAACCGUAAUGAAAGAUUCAUUUGCCAAUCAGAAAAAUUAUUUAUCUACUUUAUCUAAUUUUUGUUGAUUUAUUUCAAAGCAGAGAUCAAUAUCAUAUGUGUACAAUUAAUGCCAUAAAUCGCCUUUCACUGCUGUU